UAACCCGAGAGUUUUCCUCCAUCUCCAGCAGCCAUCUCCGGCAGCCAUCUCCAGCACCUCGAUCCCGCAGCCCACAGCCCACAGCAGCCCGCAGCCAUGUCCAAGACCAACCUGUUCCAAGACUGGGUCCAGUCGCUCAAGCGAACCCCCUCCAAGAGCUCCCGCAGCCGCGACGAUCUGUCGCUGUCUUACAAGCCCUAUGAAAUCGACUUUUCCAUGCACGUCGAGCUGCGAAAGAAGCUCGUCGAUCGCAUGAACAACCUGCCCCAGGAGAAGCGACACGCCAACGCCGCGGUCCUGCUCGAUGGUGGCUCGGAGCUGCCAAAGUACUGCACCGACACCACCCACUGCAACUUCCGCCAGGAGAGCUUCUUCCAGUAUCUCUUUGGCGCCCGUGAGCCCGACUGCUCCGGCGCCAUCGAUCUGUCCACGGGCGAGUCGAUCUUGUUUGUGCCCAGACUCUCGUCCGAAUGGGAACUGUGGUGCGGCAAGGCCCCGACGCUGGACUAUCUCAAAUCCCACUACCAGGUCGAUCAUGUCCACUACCAAGACGAGAAGCUGGAGGUGCUGCAGAAGCGCGGCAUCGUCCAUCUGCACGUUCUCUACGGCCUCAACACCGACAGCGGGCUCUAUACCGUGACGACCGCCAAGUUUGACGGCAUCGAGGCCUUCACCGUCCACAAGGACAUCCUGCAUCCCGAGCUGGUCGAGUGCCGCCUCAUCAAAACCGAGCGAGAGCUCGAUCUGCUCCGAUGGAUCAACACCAUCUCCUCCGAGGCGCAUGUCCAGGUGAUGCGGACUCUCAAGCCGGGCAUGAUGGAGUUCCAGGCCGAGAGCCAGUUUCUGUACUAUUGCUACAUGAUCGGCGGGGCCCGCUUCCACGCCUACACCUGUAUUUGUGGCAGUGGCCACAAUGCCUCUGCUCUCCACUAUGGCCAUGCCGGCGCCCCAAACGAUAAGGUCCUCAAAGACGGCGAUCUGAUUCUCAAUGACAUGGGCUGCGAGCUGCACUGCUAUGCGUCCGAUAUCACCUGCACCUUCCCCGUUAACGGCAAGUUUACCAAGGACCAGAUCUUUAUCUACGAGGCUGUUCUCAAGUCGCAUGACGCCGUCAUUGCUGCCAUGAAGCCGGGUGUCGAAUGGAAGGAUUUGCAUAUCCUGUCGCUCCGUGUCCUUGGCGAGGAGCUUCUCAAGGGUGGGCUCCUCGUCGGCGACAUCGAGGACCUGAUGAGGCACCACGUUCCAGCCUACUUUUACCCGCACGGCCUUGGGCAUCUGCUCGGCUUGGACGUCCACGACGUCGGAGGCUACACCGAUGGCAAGACCCGCACCCCGACCAAGUCCCUCUGCAAGCUGCGUUGCGAUCGCGCGUUGGAAAAGAACAUGGUCCUGACCGUCGAGCCGGGCUGCUACUUUAUCGAUGCCCAGCUCGACGACCUCCUGGCCAACCCCGAGGCGAGCCAGUUUGUCAGCAAGGACGUUCUCGCUCGCUUCCGGGGAUUUGGCGGCGUCCGAAUCGAAAGCGACGUCAUCGUGGUUGAAGACGGCGCCGAGAACAUGACCAAGGUUCCCCGCACAGUUGCUGACAUUGAGCAGUGCAUAUCGGCCUGAUUCGUCGAUCGCAAGCAAGACUGCCGGCGUCCUCUUGUAUCGCACCGCAUUCGUGCUUGAGGCGGCAAGUCUCUCCCGUCUCGGCCUUAAAGCGGCUGGUAAUAAACCCUCACCGUGAAUGAUGA